CGACUUUGACGCUGCGUGACGAAUGCCCGACCGCCCGCGCGCCCGCCCGCCCGGCCCGUGCGUCGCAGCUGGCAGUGAUUCGGGCUGCGGGGAUUGUUGACUGCAAAGUAGAAGAAGAAGAAGGGGGCUACUUCUUGCUUCGAGAGCUCAGCGAGGCGUGUUUGUUGGCUGCAGGCCCAGCUGCAUGUGGCUGCUGCUCACACUUUGCAUGUUCAUGAGGACGGAACUGAGGUGCUUCUUCUAUUGUCUUCUCAGCGUCCUGCUCUUUCUUCUAUGGACGCAGAUUAAGGUGCAGCAGCAUCUAUUGCAGACCGCCUAAACGUGGAGAGAUGCCUGCCCCGCCGCCGCCCCCUCCUCCUCCGGGACCCCCGCCCCCUCCCACCCUUGCGUUUGCCAACACCGAGAGGCCGAGUCGUGGAGAGCAGAAGGGACGCAACGCUCUGCUGUCCGACAUUUGUAAAGGAGCUAGACUCAAAAAGUCGGUCACCAAUGACCGCAGUGGACCCCAGUUGGACAAACCCAAAGGAGGGGGAGGAACUGGCGGUUCCGGAGGAGGAGUUUCAGGUGGAGGUGGAAGUUCAGGUGGAGGAUUUGGUGGCGGCGCUCCUGCUGGUUUAGGAGGCCUGUUUGCGGGCGGGAUGCCAAAACUCCGUUCGGCUGCCAAUCGAGAUUCCAGUGACUCGGGAGCCAAUAGAGGACCUGCACUCCCUCCAAGUCGCUUCGGUGGGAGCCCCAGCCCAUUCAGCGGGGGCUCCACUGGUCCUCCCAAGCUCCCAGGUGCGCCUUCUGUGGUCCGUGGUGGGGUUCCCGAUCCGCCCAAGAACCGCACGAAUUUCUCCUCAAGGCAAGACACUCCAGGGGGCGCCCCCCCUCCCAUCCCCAAUACGCCUCGACCCAACCAGAACUUCAGUUCCCGCGGGGGGCCGCCACCUCCGUCCCUCCCCGGAGGACCCAGAUCAAGCCCUUCGUCAGGACCGCCACCCCCGAGUCUACCCCCGGGCCGGCACGGGCCUCUGCCUCCACCCCCGGGUGGCUCCUCGAGGUCGAGCUUCUCUUCACCGCCCCCGCCACCGCCGAGUACCAGCAGACCUCCGUUACCCCCAGCUCCCGGGGGUCGGCCCCCGCUUCCCGACGACCGACCCCCACCACCGCCGGCCCCCAUUGGAGGGCACCGGCCGUCCAUGCCCCGAGACAUACCCCCUCCACCGCCUCCCGCCGUCAACUCCAAACCGCCAUCUUCUGUCUCCUCUCGCUCCGGAGGGGGGGCGCCGCCACUCCCACCGGGGCGACCAGGCCCACCUCCUCUGCCACCGACGCCCCCUGUGGGGGACGACCACUGCACGCCUCGUCUACCGCAGAGAAACACUUCACUCAGCACUUGUGGUUCUUCACCUCAUACCCGGACAGGACCGCUCCCUCCCCCACCCAAUGAGAGGCCGCCAUCCUUUGGAAGAAACCAAUCGGCGGGGCGCACAGGGCCGCUUCCUCCGCCUCCCCCCUCGGUCCGUAGCAUGAGCGGCGCGAGCAUAAGGUCAUCGCCAGCGCAUUCUCCUAUCGGGCGGCCGGGGUCAGAUUCCCCGCGAGGUGGGCCCGGAGGUAGGCCACCCCUACCUCCAGAUAGACCUGGUACAGGUGGAGGGGGCGCCCCUCCGCCACCACUGCCGCCCAUUGGCAACGGCUUCCAGAACUCUCACCACAACCAAAUUCAUGAUGAUUGGGAGCUUCGGUUCAAUUUCCAUCCCGUGUCAGAUCUUCCUCCACCCGAACCCUAUCAACACUUUCACAAGACAUACCCCAGCAAAAUGAGCAAGACCGAAGGCAGAGGUUCAGGUAAAAAGGAACGAGGGGCUCCUCCUCCUCCUCCUCCUAUAUCCAGGUGAAGAAGACUUGCUCAGUGGACCUGAGGAACAGUGAUAAAAAAACAACAAAUGUUUAAGUGGAGAGAUUUUAAACACCAGUCAGAAUGUGUUCCACUAUCACAAGAUUCCAUUUCCUGCUUUCCCCAUAUUUAAUUGAUUACUCUAAAAGUUUUUUUUUUUUACAUUUUUUCAUCCAUCCUGAGAACAUUUGCAAGCACAAAAUGAAUGUGACACAGUCGAUCAGCUUCCUCAGGUGAUUUUUUUUAAAGUGUUGGAAUGUUAAAGGUUUGUGCCUUAAGGAGAAUGCCAGGGAUUAAUUCCCAUUUGUGCCUUAGAUAAAAUAAUUUCCGUAUUUUUUGCUCGAGUACAGUAUUCAGUUGUAAAAACCGCUGCUGCAUCGGGGCAAAUGCAAUGUCAAAUUUCACCAACCUGUGCCUUUACAGUGUGUUUACUUAUUUCUGUCUUGGAAUGGUACUAUUGUUUUUCUUUCCAUUUAAUUUUCACCACAGCACAUUCUUUAAUUCAUGUCCACGACUUGGAUGAUAUUGCACUCGGCUGCAACAACAGCACUGAUGUAUUUUUUAUUUGUUUAAAAAGCGCCUUGUUCUAAAAUGAAGGACCUUUAUGCUUAAAGCGAGUGGUAAAGUUGUUCUUACCGAAAUUG